GCCCUUUCUAUCAUGUCGGCAGCCGAGUUUGAACAUGCCCGUCGGCAGUCCGUUUCCGAGAACCAAACAAUACAAAACUCGGAUAUACCGCUGAAAGAACGUUUCUUCCGCUAUUUCCAGCAUGAAACCACCGCCUUGCAGGAACAGAUGGAGAAACUCGCGGAUACUUCCCUGGUUGGGGGAGAGCGGAUGGACGCAACUGAUUACUGCCUAGCCUGGAUUGCACGACUUUCCAAUGAAGUCAGGGAUGCCGCCAGUUACAUUCCUACUUAUGAUCAGCGGAUAUAUGCUGAAGCUAUAAAGACUCUCCAGGACAAGUUAGCGGAGACUCGAGCGACGGUAGAGCCACGACCUAGAUUCAGCUUCAAGAACAAAAGGAGCACCGCAGCUCCAGGCCCCAUCACCUCGAUGCCAGAUGCGGCAGAGCUGAUGGUCCAAGGUCAGCUUGGCGUGCCAGGAUAUCCCUCACCUGGUGUAUCCUCCGUUGGUUCAUCGGCCCCUGGAACACCCAACUAUCCCAAUACCCCUUUGAAUGAACCUGAUAAGCAGCUCCAUCUGUUAAGACCAACUGUCCCGACGUCUAUCCCGAAAAUAGCCGUCGAUAAUCCCACUGAAGACGUAAAGGAGCAGCGCAGUACAAACUUUGCAGCGACUUCCGUCUCAUCAGUGACUGUAAACAAUCAUAAAGGAAUGCACAUCAUGCUUCCAGCCUCAGGAUCAACAGCGUCGGUACCAGCGUCCAUCACCUCAAUCAAGCGCUGCGUCAUCGACAUGUCUAUUCCCACAGCAAACGGCAAACCAUACGCGAGUCUGACGGUGAAAGACGCAUCUGACAGUCUCCUUCUUUGUGGUGCAAUUAAUGGACCCGCACACGUCACGGGUGUUCGGAAUAGCAUUAUCGUCGUAAAUUGUCGCCAGUUCCGCAUGCACGAUUGCAGAGAUGUAGACGUUUAUCUGAGUUCGUCCAGCAACCCGAUCAUUGAGGAUUGUGAAGGCAUACGGUUUGGCCGUAUCCCGCGGGCAUAUCAUACGCUUGAACACGACCGCCUGGACAGUGAUGACAGAUGGAGCCUCGUCGAGGACUUCAAAUGGAUUAAGCCAGAGCCGAGCCCUAACUGGAGUUUACUCGGUCAGGAUGCCGGGGUUCCAGAGGAGGUUUGGACUGAAAUUGUUCCUGGCGGUCCCGGUUGGUCCUCUGAUCAGAUUCUGCGUGCGGUCAAUAUCCUUCAGUCUUAA